GUCAUGCGAACAGAAAUUUGUCUGGUGCUUCCGCUGCUGUUCACUCCUGCAUUCGGCGGCGGAGGCCACUCUAAAGUGAAAGCGUCUUCUCCUUGCGCUGGUUAUACAGUCGCAAGGUCGUGCGCAGGCCAGAACUCCGGUUUUCACUACUAUAGGCCAUUUAGGCUUUGCUUGAAAAGUGACAACAGACACUGUGGAAAUGGUGCAAAUGUUUUUUCAAGUUGUGAGCAAUGCUCUAGAAAAUGCAUUGUCAGUGUGUGCAGUGAAGAAAUAACAACCCCGGCUCCGGAAAAAUUGCCACAGAUCAGUCCAUUUGGGCGCUGAUGUUGUUUUCACAUGAAUAAAAGAGUUUUAUAUAAUAAAA